AUGACACACUACAAUAGGCUUUCUGAAGUUUCUUAUAACGAGAAGAUCACGUAUUGGCGUUUCAGAAUCAAAAUAUAUAGGAUCUAUCCUUUCUAUUCCUCUGUUACCGGUAGUGGACCACAUUGGAUUUAUAUCCUAGCAGUUGAAGAUGGAACCAAGAUGGAGAUGACCAUUCAUGAAGAUAGGUCUAGAGGCCCAGAGAAGCAAGAGGGAAACUGGGUGGAAAUAUUUUGGGUAGAAGUUCACCAUACUUAUCUAGGUUUCCAGGCAACAAACUAUCGGUUCACACUAACUGCUACACGCCAUACGCAAGUCCACAUCUUCGAUCCUCUGAACAAUCGGCUUUACAUGGACUUCAAGAACACCAAUGAAAUCCCUCACAUGACCCACAAGGAACAAAAAUAUCCCAUAGGUGUUUAG